AUGGGGAAGCCCACUUCACUACUGACUGUCUUUACGAAAGGCUACUUCCCUACUUCCUAUGAGCCUACCGUCUUCGAGAACUAUGUCGAGCUACUCGAGGUGGAUGAUGAGCAAGUCGAGUUGAGUCUGUGGGAUACAGCAGGCCAAGAAGAAUUCGACCGCCUCCGGUCCCUCUCCUACGCCGACACGCACGUCGUCCUGCUCUGCUUCUCUAUCGACUCGCCCACAUCACUAGAGAACGCAUCUACAAAGUGGGUCGAGGAAUUGGCUGAGAAUUGCCCUGGCGUGAAGAUCAUCCUCAUUGCCUUGAAAUGCGAUCUGCGGGAAGAUCCAGCGGUUCGAGAAAAGCUGGCUAGGCGAUCGUUGCAGCCUGUGACGUAUGAAGAUGGGUUAUCUGUAGCGAGGACAAUACGGGCGGUACGGUAUCUGGAAUGCUCAGCAAAGCACAAUAGGGGAGUUCAAGAGGCGAUAUACGAAGCCGCCCGGGUGGCUAUGGGGAGCAGAGCAAAGGGGAGUGGGGGAGGCGGGGGCGGUGGAGUAGGGGCAAUGGCGAGCAGACUGAAGGGUAGAUCUUGCAUCAUUCUGUAA